CGACGCCGCCCCUCGCUGCCAGGCGCCAGGCCCGCCCCUCCCUCGCCGCUCCGCGCGGCCGCACUACCACACCACCCCGCGCCGCCACUCCCUCCUCCCGCCGUCCGGCGCCGCCUCUGCUGACGGCUCGGGAGAGGGGCCGCCGCCGCCGCCGCCUGGUCCACGUCCAACUCCCACCACCCUUCGUCACCUCCUCCGCUCCAGUUCAGAGUCCAGACCGGGAGCAGCCGAGCAGGAGCCAGGAGGACCAGCUGACCGGGGCGUCCGACGCUGGCCAGUCUUGAAUUUUUUUUAUGAUGCAUUGUCAAAGAGUAAUGGACAAUUAAUGGCAACCCGUCUCCUCUCGCGUCAAAAUCUGAGGAAGCUGGCUGCUUCCUUCACACUCCUUAAUCCAUCCCAGAAGAUACUGCUUUCACCUCCCCCUCCGGCUCACAGAUCUGAUGCUAUUUCCCCUAGCAAAUGCUUAAGCCCCUUUUACCCGUUUAUGUAUCCACGGGGUGUUAGAUGGGCUAGCUAUGAAUCAGUGAAUCUGGUUUUGUCUGAUGAUGGGAAACCCAAGUUUGAGAUUGAGGAGGUGGAGCCUUCCAAGAAGGGGAGGUUUUUGACAAAGAGGCGUUUGAAGCUUCAGAGGAAGCGGGAAAAGAGGAAGAGGAAGGAGGCCAAUAAAAACGAUCCACGUCGUAUCAGACCCAAGGGGAAAAAAAUAAAACAGAAAUUUCCUACACCUGAAGCUCGUCUCAAAUACAAGAUCGAGAAGUCCAAAUUAAAAGAAGCUAUGUUGGUUGAGAAGCUAAAGAGGUACGAGGUUGCGAAAGCUGAAGGCCCUGUCGCCAAACCAGAUGAUCUCGAUGGUGAGGAAAGAUUUUAUUUGAAGAAAGUUUCACAGAAAAAGUCAAACUAUGUCCCGAUUGGAAGGCGAGGAGUAUUUGGGGGUGUAAUUCUGAACAUGCAUUUGCACUGGAAGAAACAUGAGACUGUCAAGGUCAUCUGUAAGCCCUGCAAACCAGGGCAAAUCCAGGAGUAUGCAAAUGAGAUAGCUCGGCUGAGUGGUGGUGUCCCUAUUAAUGUUAUUGGAAAUGACACCAUAGUCUUCUACCGAGGAAAGGACUAUGUUCAGCCAGAAGUCAUGUCACCAAUUGAUACACUGUCAAAGAAAAAGGCACUUGAAAAAUCAAAAUAUGAACAAUCACUGGAGACAGUUAGGCGUUUCAUUGCAGUAUCUGAAAAGGAGCUCGAACUAUACUAUCGGCAUGUUGCACUCUAUGGGAAACCACAACCCCAGAAUGCUGAUCUGGUCCAUGGUGAUGGUAGCCAAGCUUCUUCACUGGAAACAGAGGAUAUGAAUCACGGAAAGGAUCAAGCUUUCUCUGAUGUCGACAUCAUGGAUACAUCCGAGUCUGAUGAGGAAUAUGAUUCUAGUAGUGAAUCUGAUGCCAAUGAUGUUGCGACUGGAGAUGCUACAGACAGCUCUGAGGAUACUGAUGUUUCUGAUCAUCGGCUGUUCUAGGCGAUGAGUGAGAUAGACCUGACAGUUCCCAAGACAAUGUUAAUGUGCUAAAUCACUAAGGGUGCAAGUGGGGUGUGACUGCCCCGUAAGACGAUGUCCUGACCUGAAAACCAAGCCAACUAAACGCCGCUGGGCAGACUGCAUUUGUUCAAGAGGAUUGAAGCUGCUAUGUCGGCUUUGUCCGGUGGGCAUCCCACAUAUCCCGCAAGAAGAGUUGGCUGCCUCCCGAUGGAACUCCACCAGGUCCAUCUCCUCCUAGAAGCUGCAACCGGCAGCAGUGCCACCACCUCUGUCGCCAGUGUCCCCUGCAGUGCAUCAUGUCGCGUUUGCCAUCAACAUAGUAGCCAAUUGUGCCAACUGCCAUCAGCAAAAUAGCCAAGAGAGCUUGGAUUUUGACCAGCCUUUUUCUGUAGGUCCUAUAUAAAUUUCAUGUUCCAGAUAGUAAAGACCCAACAUUGCCCUUUGCUAAGUUUAAUCACAAAUCAAUGCGAUGGUGGUCACCUCACACACCGCUGGCAACCUCCCAGGGUGACGCUAAUGAUAUCUGAAUGUUGUUCUGCAA